AUGCAAAGGCCCAGGCACCACGUGACCGAGCGGGGGCGUGGGGCCAGAGGCGCGCAGGCGCACUCAGCCGGCCGAUAUGCUAAUUUUGUUGAUAUUCCGCAGCGGAGUUUUGAAGAAAAACCGGAGGCAGCGGGACGGGGAGCGGUAGCGGGCGGCGGGGAGCCGGAGGAGGCGGUAGGAGAGUGGGCCCUGAUGGAAAACACUCGCGACCUGACUGAGCACUCCCCACGGUCAGAAAGGAAGAGGAGGGACUCGUUUGGAAUGUUUGACGGCUAUGACAGUUGCAGUGAGGAUAGCAGCAGCAGUUCAAGCUCUGAUGAGAGCGAAGAAGAAGUUACCUCAAUACCAGCCAGUCUCCCACUUAUCAAAACCAAUGGACAAGUCUACACUUAUCCGGAUGGCAAAUCUGGAAUGGCCACCUGUGAGAUGUGUGGGAUGGUUGGUGUGAGAGAUGCUUUCUAUUCCAAGACAAAACGAUUCUGCAGUGUUUCAUGCUCCAGAAGCUACUCAUCCAACUCGAAAAAAGCCAGCAUUUUAGCCAGACUUCAGGGAAAACCUCCAACAAAGAAAGCAAAAGUUCUACAGAAACAGCCUUUAGUGGCUAAAUUGGCAGCCUACGCACAGUACCAGGCAAGCCUGCAACAGAGCCAAACCAAGAGUAAAGCAGCAGUUACUGUGGAAGGCUUUGACUGGGGUCAGUAUGUUUGGAGCAAUAAAUUUACUGGGGCACCUGUCAGCUGCUUCAAACAUACUGCUUCUGAAUAA